GAGUCCCUCGUCUUUCGUCGUGUCUUUGUCCCGAGGCGAGAGUGGGGGGAAUGCGAUCCGAGGGCAUGUCGGAUGGGGGGUAGGUUGGAAGUGGCAGACGCCAGCUUCAUCAUCUUUUCCGUCGUCGUGAUUUAUCUUUACGAGUUUGGCUGUUUUCGUUGCGUGUUUUCUCUUCUAUUCGAGCUUUGGACGCUUCUAUUGACCUUUUUUUUCUUGUCUGGUAUCCCGUCGUUUGGACUUGUACAUUGGAAGCCAGCGCGCGUAAAUAUGACGACAGCAACACAAGAGCCAGCAUCGCAAACGUGGGAGACUGUAGCGUCGAAGCACUGCGCGCAACUCCUCGCAAAGAUUCCACAGGAAUACAUCAUUCCUCAAGAUAUCUUCCCGUCCCAGUCUCAGUCAGACGCGACUUUGUUCCGGAAAUCGUCGGGCUGGUUCACGGAGAACGAGCUCGAGAUCACGUCGAGUGAUGCCUGCGCCAUCCUAGAAAAGCUGAAAACUAGCAAAUGGAGCAGUGAAGAGGUUACGAGGGCGUUUUGUAAGACUGCGGCGGCGGCGCAUCAACUGACAAACUGCCUCACAGACUUCUUCCCUGGCGAAGCAAUCGCCCGCGCAAAAUCCCUCGACGAGCAUCUCGCACGCACCGGAAACCCCAAAGGACCACUCCACGGCCUCCCCAUCUCGCUAAAAGACAACUUCAAUGUCGAGGGCAAAGACAGCACAAUCGGCUUCGUCUCGCUCGUAGCGAAACCCGCCACGGCGAAUGCAACAUUAGUAGAUGUGCUGCAAGAUCUAGGCGCCGUCUACUUCGUCAAAACCACAACCCCAACCGCCAUGAUGAUCGCAGAAACAACAUCCAACCUCUUCCCCGUAACCAAAAACCCUCUCAACCUCCACCUCACCCCCGGCGGGUCCUCCGGCGGCGAAGCAGCGCUCCUAGCUUUCAACGCCUCCCCGCUGGGAAUCGGCACCGACAUCGGCGGCUCCCUCCGCAUCCCCGCGUCCUGCACCGGCCUGUUCACCCUGCGACCCUCGCUCGGGCGUUUUCCCACACAAGGCUGCACAAGCGGGAUGGGCGGACAAGAGGCUGUCGCGAGCGUGAACGGGCCCAUGGCGAGGGAACUGCGGGAUGUAGAGAUGUACUGCCGGACAGUUGUCAGUGCGGAGCCGUGGAGAAAAGACCCAAAAUGUAUCCCCAUCCCAUGGCGGGAACAGCACCUCCCAAAGACGCUGAAAAUCGCCGUAUGCUGGGCCGACGGCGUCGUCAAACCCACGCCCCCCGUGACACGUGCACUGCACGAGACGGUAUCAGCCCUGAAAGCCGCGGGCCACGACAUCGUAGAAUGGGAUCCCACGCUCCACGCGCAAGGCCUCGCCCUCCUCGCGCGCAUGUUCGUCGCCGACGGCGGCAAGUCGAUUGAGAAGUUGCUCGCGCCCGCCCGCGAGCCCUGGAGGCCCGAGAUGGCCAUGUACGAGGCCGCGCGCGAGCUGGGCGUCUACGACAUGUGGCAACUCCAUCUAGAGCGCAGCACGUUCCAGAAAAAGUUCCUCGAGCAAUGGAUGCGUUGUGCUGGUGGGGGAGGCAUCGAUGCGAUUCUGGCGCCUACCACGCCGUAUGCGGGGGCGCCUGCGCAUGGGAAGUUCAAGUAUGUCGGGUAUACGGGGGUGUUUAAUGUGGUGGAUUAUUCGGCCGUGUCGUUCCCGAGCGGACUUGUUGUCGAUAAAGAGAAAGACAAGAGGACAGACGCGUCAAAUCAAGAACCGCUGAGUGAUUAUGACAGAGAGGUGCAGUCGAGCUAUGAUGUGGAUUUAGCUCACGGAAUGCCGAUAAGUCUGCAACUUGUUGCCAAUAGACUCGAAGAGGAAAAGGCCCUGGCUAUUACUCGUGCGAUCAUCGCUGCGCUUCAUCAAUAA